UGAAAAACACAGCUAGCUAAGCUAAUCAAUAUUCAAAUCUCAUUUCUCUCAAUUUGCAGUCUCUUCCCUUUUUUUCUCCCUUGUCUGCAUUCCCGCACAGACCAUUAUGAGCUGGGUUUGGCUUUUGCAUUUUAUGGAGGAAACGGUUUAAGAUAAGGGAGAAAAGUGAAAAACUUGGCUGGUGGAAUCUCAGCGAAGGAAGGCGGAAGGCGAUCUCUUGAGAUUUUGAUCAUGGCGGUUGCUGAAAAUGCCGGUGCCAAAAUUGAGUCCUCGAAUCAGAAUUUGGACAACACUGUAGUCUCAUCGGACUCAAAUGUACCAAACGAUCUUGAAAACCCAAAACCCAAAAGCCAUACCUCGAUCAAGAGUACCAAAGACUCCAGCUUGCAGGCUCAAAACAAUGAUCAGAAUUCCCAUGGGAACUCUCAUCACCAAGAGAGCACUGCCUCAGUGACAGCAAGCAAUGGCAGCACCCUGAAGACCCAGAUGGAGAACGGGCAUGCGACGGCAAAUCAGAGUGCUAAUGGUGUGAAGGGGGUAGAAAAUGGGGAUGACGAGAGUUUUAAGGACGAUAUGAGCGAUUCGGUUGAAAUUUUGUCAAAGUUGAAUCCCAUGGCUCAAGAAUUCGUGCCCCCUUCGCUGGCAAACAAUCAUCGCUAUCUGGGUGGUACUGGCUUUGGAUAUUCUAACCAUAUUGUUGUUCAGACUAAUUCUGGUGGCAACAAUGGUCACCCUAAUAGAAGGAGGAAUUAUAAUAGUCAAGGUAGGCACAGAAUGAAUGCUAGAACAAGUAGUGCACAGAGGGAAGAUGUAAUCAGGAGAACCAUAUAUGUAUCAGACAUUGAUCAACUGGUCACUGAAGAGCAUCUUGCAAGUCUCUUCCUUAACUGUGGACCGAUCGUUGAUUGUCGUAUCUGUGGGGAUCCUAAUUCUGUUCUUCGCUUUGCCUUCAUUGAGUUCACUGAUGAAGUUACAGAAGGUGCAAGGGCUGCCUUAACUUUGUCUGGGACUAUGCUUGGAUACUACCCAGUUAGAGUGCUGCCCUCCAAAACUGCGAUUGCGCCUGUUAACCCAACAUUUUUGCCAAGGUCUGAAGAUGAACGUGAGAUGUGCUCAAGAACUGUGUAUUGUGCAAGUAUUGACAAGAAGGUCACACAAGCAGAUGUCAAACUCUUUUUUGAAUCACUUUGUGGAGAGGUUCAUCGAUUGAGGUUGCUUGGAGACUAUAAUCAUUCAACUCGUAUUGCUUUUGUUGAGUUCGCAGUGAUUCCAGUGUGUCCGAGUUUGACGACCAAUUAUGUGUCCAACUACCAGUUUCAUGAGCAAUUAUGAAGGCAUGUGGACUGGUUGAUAAAAGACUGAUAAGAUAAAGUUGAUGGCGCCUGUUGGUCUGUGAAAUUGAUGCUUGUGGGAGUUGUAGGGCAGGAACACUUGGGCUUCCUGGGCUAGUGAAAGCCAGCAAGUUUACAUGAUAAUAUAGUCUCUGAAUUUUUUAGGAGAGCAACAAAUCUGUGCGAAACCCAAAUGCUACUGGGCUGAAAGUGCAAUUGCAGCUCUUAACUGCAGCGGGGCAAUUAUGGGUUCAUUCCCCAUAAGGGUUAUCCCAUCAAAGACACCGGUGAGGGCCCGUGCUCCUCCUCGCAUUCCAAUGCACUGAAUCUCCUCUCAUGCCUCCU